AAACUAGUGUGGUUGCAAUAACAUCAGUGGAAGUCGUCGCUUGCGAAGUGAAAGCGCUCUCUUUCUCUCUCGCGAAUGGCCACAAACGUAGCAGCAGCAGCAGCAUUUCUGCUUCUUCUCGCUCUCUCGAUCUCCCAAGCCGCUCACCCGAUCUCAGAUUCUCACAGAUCCGCCGCCUUCGAUCUCUUCUCUGCCGCCGAUGGAGUGUUUCCGAGUUUAGAAGACGCGUACGAGGCACUUAGAGUUUUUGAGAUCCUCGCAAUCGAAAAGAAGCCUACUGUUAGCACAACCACUUGUCAGAGAGUGUUGGAAAAUCUAGGGUCAUCUUCCACUCUUAAGGAUUUGUUUUAUGCCCUGAAAGUUAAUGGCAUAUUAAAAUGCAACGUUAAUGAGGAGGUUUUUAAGGAUAUUGCUUCGAGACUUAAAGGCACGGUAUAUGAAGCAAGUAGUUUGCUUGACAUAUACUACUCAGUGGGAGCUUUGGUUCUUAUAAAGGAUCAGGAUUCUAAUGUUGACGUGCUUCUUGCUGAUGCUGAUGGGAUUUUCCAUUCAAUCAAGGCUCUAAGCCAAAGUGAUGGAAGAUGGCGCUACAGUUCUGAUAAUCCCGAGUCUAGUACCCAUGCUGCUGGAUUAGCACUUGAAGCACUUGCUGGAGUAAUCUCACUAGCAUCCUCUGAAAUUGAUCAGUCUAAGGUCAAUAUAGUGAAAAAUGAUGUAGUAAAGCUUUUUGACAGCAUUGAGAAAUAUGAUGAUGGCACCUUUUAUUUUGAUGAGAAAUUUGUUGGUGGAGAUGAGCAUCGGGGUUCUCUUUCCACAACUUCUUCCGUUGUUCGUGGGGUUACUGCAUUUGCUGCCGUAACUUCUGGAAAAAUAAAUCUUUCAGGGGAUAAAAUAUUGGGUUUAGCAAAAUUUUUCCUGGGCAUGGGAAUCCCAGGAGAUGCCAAGGACUUCUUCAAUCAAGUUGAAUCAUUAGCUUUUCUAGAGAGCAACAGAGUUUCCAUCCCGUUGAUAUUGUCUCUUCCUGAAACGGUUUAUUCGUUGACCAGGAAAGUCCAGCUUAAGGUUAGGGUGAAUACCGUGCUUGGUUCAGCUGCACCACCUCUAACAGUUAAGCUUGUCCGAGCUUUCAGCACUGGUGCAAAAGAUUCAGCUAUUAUUGAGAGCAAGGAGCUCCAGUAUGAUGCUGAGAGUGGAUCUCAUGUCUUGGAUGCUUUCCCAAAUAAUGUGGAUGUGGGGCCAUAUGUGUUUGUUUUUGAGAUUUUGCUUCAUGAUUCUGACAGUGAAAAAGUUUAUGCUACUGGAGGACAAAUUCAAGUGCCAAUAUAUGUCACUGGAAUUAUUGAAGUUGGCAAAGCAGAAAUUGCAGUUCUGGACAGUGAUCUUGGAAAUGUUGAAACCCAGAAAACGCUAGAUUUGGCUGGAAAUGAUGCUGUUUCACUCUCAGCUAACCACCUGCAGAAGUUGAGGUUUUCUUUCCAAUUGGCAACUCCUCAUGGUCAUGUUUUUAAGCCCCAACAGGCAAUUUUCAAGUUAAGACAUGAGACAAUGGUUGAACACAUCUUUGUGGUUGGAAAUACUGGCAAGAAGUUUGAGAUAAUUCUUGAUUUUCUUGGCUUGGUGGAAAAACUUUUUUAUCUAUCAGGCAGAUAUGAUAUUGAGCUGACUGUUGGUGAUGCUGUCAUGGAGAAUUCUUUCUUACGGCUACUUGGCCAUGUCGAAUUAGAUCUUCCAGAAGCACCUGAGAAGGCAGCCCGUCCUCCUCUCCCACCUGUUGAUCCUUAUUCAAGAUAUGGGCCCAAAGCAGAGAUAAUCCACUUAUUCAGAGCUCCUGAAAAGCGACCACCCCAGAAUCUGUCUCUUGCUUUCUUGGGUUUGACCCUUUUGCCAUUUAUUGGCUUUUUGGUUGGGUUAUUACGUUUGGGGGUGAACCUGAAGAAUUUCCCUGGUUCAGCAGUACCCGCUACAUUUGCCAUCCUUUUCCAUCUUGGUAUUGCUGCAGUUCUGUUGCUUUAUGUACUUUUCUGGUUGAAGCUGGAUCUGUUCACUACACUCAAAACACUCGGUCUUGUGGGAGCUUUUUUGAUGUUUGUGGGACACAGAAUUCUUUCCCAUCUUGCUUUGACAUCAGCCAAGUUGAAAUCAGCUUGAGUGAAACAAAUCAUGUCUAUUUAUAAAGAUAUGACCAGAGAAUUUGGGUUUUUCCUUUAAAGGAUUGGUAGUAAUCCAAUUUUGUAGGACCUUUGUUGUUUUAGCUAAUGACAAAUUUAGAGAGCUCAAUUAUAUCGUCUAGACUUUAGAGAACAGAGCUCAUUGUAUCGCAGAGAAAAGCUUUAUCUUGAUGAAAGCCAUUGGCUAACUACGUAUUGAAUGCUACCCCCCCUUAUGUAAGCUUAGCUUUUUCUUUUUUCAAAUUUUAACGAAAUGUGUUGCAAAUGACAUGAAACAAUUAAAUAAGAAAAAUACAUUCUAG